AUUUUUUUUUUCAUUUUUUUAACAGUUGCUUUGUUUGGCAUGAGUGUUGCCCCGCCCAGCAAGUCCGCGUCGUCGCGUGUCCGGAGCCGCAGCGCUGUCGGACACAUUGUCGAGCGACUGAUGAUUGUAGCGCGCGAUCGGCGAGCGCCCGGUGCGCCUGUUGCUGCGGGCGCCUCGCGGGAUGGGAUUCGGGUCUGCGAGGCCUUCCCGGCCAUGUCUGGCAGCUCGGUCUCUGCCGCCGAGGACGCCGCCUUCCUCAACAACGCGGCCAAGUUCUGCUUCCCGUUCGAAGAGAAGCUCGAGGCUCUCCCGUUCGAUCCGCGCACAUUCACCUUUGUGCUGACGGACGGCGACGGAAGCCAGCAGUUUGGGUUUUGCCGCUUGGUGCCACGCGCGGUCGAGGCGUCGAGCAACGGGUCGACGUCGACACCGAGUAAAGGGCAGCUGCAGCCCGGUCUCAGCGCGCUCACACCCGGAGCCAUGUCGGUGGCUGCAUUGGAGGGAAGCGCAGCAGCAGCCAUUGCCAACGCCAAUCUCAAGUCAAACCGCUCCCAGUUUGACCUCGAAGCCAUCUGCAUCCUGUCCUAUUUGCCCUGGUUUGAGGUGUUUGACGACGUGCUAGACAAGCUGAUUGAAAUGCGGAAAAUCCCCCAGCACCACCAGUACAUUGAAGAGUUCAUCAACUGCAUCCACACAGUGCCAAUACCACGCUCAGGCGACCAUUUUGUUGUGACGCUGGCCAGCAUUGCAAAUCUGCCUCCAACAGCCGUUAGCAACAAGAAGCCAUCGCCAUUACCAUCCCCAAACUUCGUGUUUCACUCACCCGAUGACACAAAGAUGUGGCGCAUUCCGGACCACCUCUGCCUGUCGCAGCUGUGCGUGUAUUGCCUUUCAUCGCACGCGUUGAUUGGCGUAUUUGCGGCUCUGCUGAUGGAGCGCCGUGUGCUCGUCUUCUCGUCCAAACUUUCACGCGUCUCCUCGGCCAUUCAUGCCUUGAAUCAUCUUCUAUACCCUCUUUACUGGCAGCACGUCUUCAUUCCGAUCAUGACGCCGCAGUUGCUGGACUACUGCUCGGCUCCCAUGCCUUAUUUUAUUGGCGUGCAUUCGUCCAUGAUGGAGCGAAUCUCCCACAUGCCCCUCGAGGAAGUCGUGGUCGUCGACUUGGACGAAAAUCGGAUUAUUCACACGCAAGAGUCCGCCAACAGCGGCCGCGCGGGCCCGAUGGGCGACAUCAACCUGUUGCCUUUUGACGCCACGCACAAUCUUCACGCUGUGCUCACAAAGGCGCAGUCAACAACAGACGAUGGCAUUCCGCGUGCCUUCUUGCAGUACUUUCUCAGCCUCUUUGGCAACUACCAAGAGCACAUCAUUCUGGGACAGUAUUCCGGUCCGCCGCUCAAUUACGUCAACGGGGUUGCGACUCUGACGUCGCCCUCUGCCGGCGUCUCGAUGGUGACGAGCAAGGGAGUCAAAAUCUCGUUCGAUCUCGACGGGCUGGUUGCCAACAAGCCUCGACAGGUUGCCGACUUCCUGAACGUCUUCCUCCGCUUGCAAAUGUUCCAGCAGUUUAUCAUUGAGCAGCUGCACAAAACCGCGCUGAAUGGCGGCGAGGCUCUCGGGGCAACACUCACCAAUUCGACCUUGUUUGAGCGUGAGGCUUACAAGCUUGGCAAUGCAAAGUACAAGCGGUACACGCGGCCCGUGGACUCUCGCGCGGCCAUUCCUACCGAUCCGAAUGUCAAGCUCAAGUAUGCACCACCAACCACCGAGAAGGCUGUUCGCAAGUGUCGCGACGAGCUCGCUCAAAAGCAAGCGCAGUACCAUGUGCGACUCAGUCAGCUCAAGCAACUGCAUCAGCUGCAGCAGCAACGCGACCAAUACAUUACCCAUGCCAUGUCGCCACAGCGCGGGCAUGCGCGGGCUGCUAGCACCGGCUCGGCGGCGAUCUCUCUGCCUCCAUCGACUCUGCCGACUGCUUCGUCGUCGUCGAGUGCUGCCGCUGCAGACGGCCUCGCCAAGCGACCGUCUCCGCUCGGCGGUGCAGCUGGGGCGAGUGUUGGCGACAAGAAGGCGCCGCCGCCACGGCCUCCGCCGCCGAAAGCGGCCAAUGUUGGAACCAUUCGCCAGCAGUCCGACCCGACGUCUGGCAACCUGAUUAGUCUCACACCACCUGCCAGUUCGAUCGAAUUCGAUCCACUUGCCGCCAGAGCCUCAACUAGCUCCGCAGGAUCGAUGACGCCCAUGUCGCGCGACAGUCCUGACGCAGAUGCAGCCGAUUUGGACCCGCUUGAUAAAAGUUCGCAUCAUCCUUCGCUGAGCCGCGCAUCGUCGACUGACUCAUCAUCGAGCGUGAGUCGCAACACUAGCGACGUGGAUCUCUUGGAUGAAGACGGCAAUGUUGUGCAAGAGCACGAGGCAGUGUUUGUGCCGCAGAAUACCCGCUCGCCUUCCAGCUCGUUCUCAAUCUCCGAGUCUAUGAAUGCGAUGCAUCUCGGGCAGACUCGGCAGCGUGGCAGCGUUGUAAGCCGCGGCAGCGGCUCUGGAUCGAACUGGGGCGGCGGUGCAGAUCCGUUCACGGAUUCUUUCGUGCCUUUCGUUCGCAACUCCACAACCACUGUCCAGCCAUCUCCGCUCGGUGCCUCGUCUGCUGCGGCUGCCAACCCACCGAGCUCGACCACCGUCUUUAAUAUGCCCAACCGUACGUCUGUUGCGGCCAGCUCAAACCCUCCCACACCCAUUGCGCCCAUCCGGACCAAGAGCAUUUCUGCCGCAAAUCGCGCUGCGAUGGCCAAUGCAUCGCUCAACACUGAUCUCCAAGCGUUCGACCCUCUCAACGGGUGAGUGCUGAUAUGUGCUUUUGUACUGUUGUUACGCUGUAGAAUACAUGAAC